CGAACAAUUGUAAACAUUGACUUACUAACACAUUUUUGUUUGGAAUAUGAUCGAUUAAUAAGUAAUUCAUUAUAGGACUUCAGUCGUAUAUUCUGAUGUUUAGUUGUCUAAGGAAAAACUAAGAGGAAUGAACUAUAGACAAAACGGUUGACGUGACAAAUGACAUAACGUAUGAAAACAAUUGGAGGAAGUGAAUGUCACGACUGCAAAAAUUAUAUUAAAAAAGAGAGAUGUUAAAUGCAACUGCAUAAAUUCCACGUAUUCUGAAUGUGUUCACUCAAGGUUUGAAAAGGAUGGCUUGUUUAGAAACAAAGCCUCAGUUGUACAGCAAAUGGUGUAAUAAAACUUUAAAGGAUAAAUUUAAUACAAAUUCUAAUGAGUUAGAACGUAACUCCAUGAUGAAUUCGAAUAUAAGUUCACCACCAGUUGACCAUGUGGAUCUACAAGAGAUUAAUGACAAAAUUUUAUCAUUAAAAAAUUUAUUGCAACAAGAUCUUCGAGCUGCUGAUCUUAGAUGGUCCUUUUUCGUUGCUGCUUGCAACACCUAUAAACAUAAUAACUGCCUCAAACCAUUCCCUCCAAUGUAUAUUACUAACGGAAUUAAAGAUAUUGAAGCAUUAAGAGAAACUAUUGAAGUCAUUCCACCUCUUGCCAUUAUUAAUGAGCGUUUAGAAGAUCCCAACUUUUAUGACAAUCACAAAGCAACAAUAAAUUUAUUGCACUGGGUGCUAAUAGGUCUUCGAGAUCCUUUUAUGAAAUCUGUAAAUAAAGAUACUUAUGAGUCAAUAAUAAACAAAGUUCCAUCCGAAUUAGUCGCAGCAAAGCCAAAUUUAAUAUUCGAACUAGUUAGUCCAAAUCAAUCAGCUAAAGAAGAUCGAUGGAAUGCUGUGUCUAAAGGGUACUCUACAUUUUUUGCAUAUCAUGGUAGUCGUUUAGAAAAUUUUCAUUCAAUUUUGCACUAUGGAAUUCAACAGAGCAUGAGUAAGAAUGGAGGAAUAUUUGGAAAUGGAAUUUAUCUGUCAAGUGAAUUGGAAGUGAGUUUACAUUGGUCUCCAGCAGGCUACGGAUGGGGAGGAAGUGUAAUAGGUAGUGAUAUAAGUUGCGUCGCAUUGUGUGAACUCGUUGAUCAUCCGGAUGUUAAAAGAGGCAAUUCAGGCAAUUCUGGGGAUACCUUACAAGUUGCUCUUGGAAAUAAAGUACCAAUUAAGUAUUAUUUAGUACAAAACAGCGAUUUGGUACGAGUUCGAUAUCUCUUGGUGUACAGUAGAGAUACAAGCACCACUAAACAUACCGAAGUCAAUGGAGUUAUAAAAUGGUUCAAACAAAAUAAGUUUUUAACUUUACUUCUCGGUUAUUUUAGUACGUUGAAUCAAGAAAACGUUAAAAAUACUAAAUCUGCAGUUAAUGCAAUCUCAGGACAGACCAGGCGAGCAGCUUUAGGCGAGAUUGGUAAUCGAGUUCCAGCUCGAGGGAUAGAAGUUACUAAAAAUGGUGUACUACAGCCGAAAGUAUUGAAAAAGCCUCAAGUUAAACAGCUUGCUCAAUCUAAGCAGCCGCUAACAGCGAAAACAGAGAAAUUACCCGUCCAGAUAGUCAAACCGGUAUUAAAAGUCGAAGUUAAAGAAGAGGUUGCUCCAGCUGAAAUAAAAGAAGAGGUCAAACAAGAUAUCAAAGAUGCUAGACAGGAAAUAAUUGAAAAUGAAUUAAAGCCGAAAAAUGAUGCAUUUUCAUCAGAUCUUUUACAAGUUGAAGAUGUUGAUGAGGCUGAUAAGGAUAAUCCUCUUCUAGUCACAAUCUACAGUAAUGAUAUUUAUCGAUACUUAAUGGAACUCGAAGCCAAAUAUCCUAUCAAAAAAGGAUAUUUAACUGGACAAGAAGUAACUUACAAAAUGCGAAGUGUAUUAAUUGACUGGUUAGUAGAAGUUCACCAACAGUUUCGUUUACUUCAAGAAACACUUUACCUCACUGUUGCAAUUAUAGAUAGAUUCUUACAGUCUUUCACUACCAUAACUAGAAAAAAAUUACAACUUGUGGGCGUAGCGGCAAUGUUUAUUGCAUGCAAAUACGAGGAAAUGUAUGCUCCAGACAUAAGUGAUUUUGUAUUUAUUACCGACAAUGCUUACAACAAAAAUGAGAUUCUUCAAAUGGAGAUGUUAAUUGUGAGAACGUUAAACUACUCUUUCGGACGGCCAUUGCCUCUACACUUUUUGAGGCGAUAUAGUAAAGUAGCUCGAGCUUCAUCCAUUCAUCAUACCAUGGCUAAAUAUUUUAUGGAGCAAUGUUUGGUUCAUUAUGAAAUGUGCCAUCAUCCACCAAGUCUCAUUGCUGCUGCUGCCAUUUACUUUGCUUUUUAUGUUAUUGGCAAUGACGAUUCGGAAGUAGGUAAACCCAUUUGGACACAUACUCUAGCUCAUUACAGUACUUAUAGUAAAGAUCAAGUCUUGCCAGUUGUGCGAGACAUUGCCGCAAUUAUUAUUAAUGCUGAUAAAGACAAAUAUCAGGCUGUGAGAAAGAAAUAUGUUCAAGCUAAGCACAUGAAAAUAAGUCUCCGCCCUGAGCUUAAAUCACCUAGUAUAAUCUCUCUAGCAAAUAUCGACAACCACUGAUUGAAAAAUGGUUUUUUUAAGAGCACAGUUUAUUUUAAUUUUUAAUUCUAUUUUUAAGAAUAUCUGGUAACGUCUCCCGAAACAAAUCGUUUGUUAAAUAUUCAUUAAUAAUUUAUAAAUAAUAAAUAAGCAAUAAAAUUAAUUAAUUAUUAAAUGAUAAUAAAUAGAAAAAAUUUUUUAGAUGAUAAAAUAAAAAUUAACAAAAAAAAUUAUAAAUUUUAACGAAAUUUCAAUUGUGAAUAUUUGACAAAUAAUUCGUUUCUUUUUUAUGUGUUCUCCAAAAUCGGACUUCUCAAGCAUGAAGCAAUUUAAAACGAGGAGACUUUAAUAGAAGGAAUGAUUAUUUUGAUUAACUUUAUAUCAGCUGCACUUUUUUAAAGAAUGCUUGAUAUGAAUAGGAGUGAAGACGUGAUUUUUUUUUGUAUAACAUAUUACGUUUUAAUUUUUAUCACGAAAUAAUAAUUAUAAUUCAAUAAUUAAAUUGUAAAAAAGAUUUAUAUACUGCCACCUAUUCUAAAUAAAACAAUUAGUUUUAUUUUCUUCACAUAAUUCAUUUUAAAAAAAUUUUUUAAUUUACCAGUUCUGACAUAUUUAAUAAGUGCACUUUGAGAAGCAUGUUUAUUCCUUACUUGAUUUUUUCAAGAACUGGAAUUUUAAAGGAACUUAUAAAAUAAUUAUUUCUGAUGCUAUUAUUGUACUAUUAUCGUUUUCUGACAUUUAAUUAUUAUAGUAAAAUAGGAGUAUAUAUAAUCACAUGAAGAUUUUGUUAUAUAAAACAUAUCUUUACAUAUAUUCAAGAUAGAAAAGUAUUAUCCUUUAUUUUUUCGAACAUAUAACCAAAAAUCACUAUACAAAAUAAAAUAUGCCAGAUUCUAUUUGUUUUGUACAUAAAAUGCUAUAAACUUUUUGCUUUUAAUAUUCAAAGAAACAAAAUUUAUAAAAUAUUAAAAAAUAUUGACAAAAUAAAAAAUAUAUGGAUAAUAAUGUAAUAUAUUUUUACUCAAACAUAUCUAUGAGCAUUUACCGGAUGAUUUUAUGAAUCUUCCAAAAAAUAUAGUAUAAUUUUUAGGCGGUAUAGUGAAGUAUCUAGUGUAAAAGAAAGACGAUGUAAAUAAAAAAAAAUCAAAAGAA